AUCUUUUGAAGACUAUUCAGGAUAUGAGGAUGACAGACAAAUAUUCUUGUCCCAGGCGUGUCUUUAUCAGGGCCGUCAGAUAAUCUUCUAGUAUUUCCUACAUUAUUCAGUUUAUGCCAUUUUCUGCUCGAUCUCGAAGGAUGUAGAAUAACGUGCCUAAACGUAUUCCAAUCACAUAUAAUGUCAGUUCAUUAUCAGAGAAAGCAGACCAAGAGGACAGACAUAGUAUUCAGGAGUCUAUAUAGAAGGACCAAAUAGCAUACUUUCAAACACGUGUGCCCAUAUCACAAUGUAGUAUCUACAACCAGUGGGUCUGGAACCCUUCUUCUCAACUUGUUACUCCUCACUACAAUCCUUAACACAAAAUGCCAACUUUUGUCUUGUAAUUUUCUGUAUGCACUGAUCUCUGUUGAUGCCAGCUUCCUAUUCAGGAAAGAUAAUGAUAAACUAGUCAUUUCUCCUUUUGAUCAUUUCUUACUCCAACUACCAUCUGUCAUCACUAUUAAAACCUUCGUUUACACGUACAAGUUUCUCCACUAAGAUUCUUGAUCUCUUCUGCGAUAACUCAACUCUUUCGAUCAAACAUCUCUCCAGAUAAUCGUUCAACAUGAAGUUGCUAGGUUGGAUGCACUCUAAACUAAAGCACAAAGGCAAUGAGCCAGCAAACAAUACUACCAUAGCAGGAAAUUCCAUGACAUGUUUCUCUGCCCACAAGGAGGUUAAAAGCAAUGGAGCGGAAAUGGACUUUCAAGAAGAGCAAUUUGAUGAAAUCUUCCCUGGCUUUUUGGCAAUUGGAACUCUGGGUAAUAACUAUCAGACAACUAAUACGGACCCUCCAACUCCAACUUUUCCCAUGCCGUUUGAGUAUGUUGAAACAGACAUAACAGAGAAAGAACUGAAGUUCAUAAAUGAUGAGCUUGAGAAGUUUCUUGAAGAGAAAUUAGUGAAUGAGGCUGCCUAUGAGCCAUCAGAAAGAACCAUUGCCCUCAGUGACGACAAACUCAUCCAAACAGGACCUACUGACUGUUGUGGUAACAUGGAGGAAUGUCCACUCCAGAAAUAUCUCUUGGGCUCUUCAGUUGAACUGCCAGAUAUAGAGGAGGAGGUAAAGCAACAGAAAACAUUCCUAGAAGAGCUCUUUAAGAAGAAAAACAUAGUUCAAGUCUGUGAUGUAGGAAAUGAAGGAAAAGAGAAGAAACAAGGCAAGAAAAAACAUGCAGCUCAUUUCAUGAAAAAGUUGCUGCGGAAUCUCCAUUCCAAAUCAAAGAGCUCUACUACAGAUUCUUCUAAAGGAAAAGUCACUGGAUCUGUUUCAAGCAAGAGGAAACUCCCUCAGGUCCUUAAAAUGUUUCACAGAAAAGUUCAUCCUGUGAAUGAGAACAAUCUACAAGAUAAUGAGACAAGCAAUAUCUCAUGCAAGGCUGGUAAUUCUGGAGCAAUUAGUGAAGCAAGCACAAAAUUUUCUCCAAAGAAGGAAGUAAUAAACAGGGAGCACUGGAUUAAAACAGAUAGUGACUUCUUGGUGCUGGAGCUGUAGAUGGAAAAUCUUGGAGAAUAUAAUACUGUCCAUCCACUAGUGAGCUGUGGUGUGCUAUUAAAUCGUCCAAGUGUGAGCGCAGUUGUACUGUUAAUGUAAAAAAUAAAUUAAGGACUACUUUAAGCUUGAUGAAUUGAUGUGCAAGGAAUUGUUAAGGAAGUAAUAUUGUCUGCUAAUUAAGGUUUUUCUUUUUCA